AUGUUAUUGUUGAUCUUUCUCACUCUCUUCCCUUAUCUUUCAAACUCCCUUCCUUUUUACCUCUCUGUUUUUUUUUCUCUUUUCCUUUCUUAUUCUCUUUUUUCACAUUCUUUGUCCCUCUCUUUAUUCAUCUCUUCAAACUCCUUCUCUCCAUUUUUUAUCCAAACCCUCUUUUGCCUUUUCUUUCUUUCUUUCUUUCUUUCUUUCUUUCUUUCUUUUGUCUCAUUGUCUAUCUCUUUCUCAUUGUUUUUUCUUCUCCAAUAUUUAAAACUCUUUCCCUCUUUUUUUAUAUAUCCACUUUCUCUCCCCUUCUGUUUCAGUUUUUCUUUCUCUCUCUCUUUCACACCUUUCCUCUUAUUCACUGAUUUCUUUUCUCUUUCUUUUUUAAUUCAAACUUGUUUUUCUUUUAUCUAUUCAUUUUCUUUCUAUUUCACUUUCUUUCUUUCUUUAAUACUUUCUUUCUAUUUUACUCUUUCUUAUCAUCUCUUUCUUCAUCUCUUCAUUCUCCUAUAUUUCAAACCUCUUCUCUCUCCUUUUUAUCUUUCUUUCUUUCUUUCUUUCUUUCUUUCUUUCUUUCACACUUUAAAUAUAUUUCACUGUCUCUCUUUCUCAUUGUCUCUUUCUUCUUCUAUAAUUAAAAUGCCUUCUCAUCCCUUUUUAUCUACUCUUUCUCUUUUUUCUCAUUGUCUCUUUGUCCUUCUCUCCUUUCUUUCUAUUUCCAAACUCCCUCUUUCUCUUUCUCUCACUGUCCCAUUCUUUUCUUCUUUUACUAUAUUUCCAAAACCCCACCUCCCUCGUCUCUUACCCUAUCCCUUUCUCUCUCUCCCCCCACCCACAUCUUCCAUUGCCUCCAACAUAAAUAAUAUUUUACUUUUCUUUCUUAUUAGUUCAUCAAACUUGGUUGGCAUUCCUCACUUGCUAUUAUUCUGGAUUGGGAUUAAUUAUUGCUAA